AUGGGCCGAACCGUCGCCCACCGGAUCGAAGUAUCCGCUCCUUGGACCGUAGCGUCCCCUCGCUGGACCCCUGCGUCCACUGUUGGACCCCUGCGUCCCCCUUGCCGGACCUCAGCGUCCCCCGUCGGAUCCCUGCAUCCACCCGUGUCGGACCGUAGCGUCCACCCGCCGGACCGUAGCGUCCCCUCGUCGGAUCGCCGCGAGCGCAUCAUCGCCCUGCCGAAUUAUCCACUGCCGGACCAUUGCCGUCCACCGUCGGACCACGAGCGUCCACCCAUGGGACCCCAGCGUCCACCGCAGGCCGCGAGCGUAUCAUCGCCGCCUGUCGAAUCGUUCACCGUCGGACCCCCAGCGUCCACCAGAAGGAUCACAGCAUCCGCCCGUAGGACCCCCAGCGUCCACCACCCGGCCGAAGCGCCAUUCCCCGGACCGUAG